AUGUGCCAGCGUCCUGGUUGCCUUGGCGCUGGAGGUUGGGAGAGUGAGAGGAGAGUGAGUGAGUGUGAGAGAGUGAGUGAGUGUGAGAGAGUGAGUGAGUGGGGCAGAGCUGGACACACACACAGGAGGUUCUCCCUCCCCAAGCAACUGUGUGCAGAGUUAUUUUAUAAGAAGCAACAGCAUUCAGCUCCUAAUACCAAAAACUUCAUCCAGUCACCAGCCCCUGGUCCCCAUUGCCCCUGUGGGGUGGGGUAUGACUGGGUCGUGGCUGCUUCUCUGACUGGUUUGUAAAUUGUGUUGUGGACAAGUCCAGCUCGAUUUGGGGAGAAACGAGGGUCUCGGCAGCUGCAGAGCAUCGUCUCCUCCACCACAAACAGCAAUCAUGUCAAACAGCACAUAUAACACAAUGUGGGCCGAGACCAACAUGGCCCUCCACACCCUGCUGGCACAAGAGACGGACGCAGAGGCCCAGCCGGAGAAAGAUCGUGUGAAAGUUUUUAAGAUGCUGGCAACCUUCUAUGUUAAGUACAUAGAGAUUUUGCACAACAUGGAAGUUCUCUAUGACCAGAUGGUGCAUCCUCAGAAGCGGAUAGUUAUCUACCAGGUGCUGGUUGGGGUGAUCGGCAGGAUACUGGAGCUCAAGAAUGAAAUGGUGCAGCUAGAAUACUCCGAGUUCAAUUUCUUCGAUGAUGUCCUGCAAGAUCUUAAACUGACUCCCGAUUGCCUGGAGAUCCAUAUCCCCAAAUGCUUCUUGAUGGAGAAAGUGAAAGUGGUGAAGGACAGAGAAAAUGUUCUGGCUCGGAUACUGUCUGAAACCUUUCCUCACUCAGUAGAAAAAAAAGAAGGCAUUAGAUCAAUGACGUUGGAGGAAGCCAUCCACAUCAUUCAGAUUUCUGAACGAGCCCGACAGGGUCGCUUGCGCGCCAAAUUUAUGUGUGAUAUUCGCACAGAAGAGAAAAGGGAGCGACUAGCUAAACUGCACAGCGACAGCAAAUGGGACACAGAAUUUGCAGCCACUUAUAUACAAAAGCACUGGCAUGGUUACAAGGAGAGGAAGAUGGUCAAGAAGUUACGAGAGGAGGAGCUAAUGUUUCUUGGAAUGAAGCCUUCUCCUGAUCUCCUAAAGCUCAGUGAUGCUCAUAUUCAAGCUGAGAAAAUGGCAAGCAAGCGACGCAUGGUGCAGACGACUCACGAGGCAGAGUACCUGAAGGCCAUCCCAGUCACCAAAAAGUCCCUGUGGGAGCAGGAAGGGACAGAAAUCAAAGAGCAGAUGAAGGAGCAGAUCCGACAGUGGUUCAUCGAGUGUCGAAACCUGACUGGAAGAUUUCCAGACUACCCCGACGUUGAGGAAGGAGGAUCGUUGAAAAUUUUCACAAACAAAACUCCAGAAGAGGUAUACGCGGAACUGAUUCUAAAGAAAGAAGAAGAAGAGAGGAAAAAGAAAGAGAAAGAAAUGGAGGCGAAUAAAAUUGCGAGACCGAAAAUUGUGAAGAAAGCAAAAAAGAGUGCCGAAUCAGUCAAUAAGAAGGAAGAGGAAAGUUGGACAAUGCAGCCGAGUAAUUUCCUGCCCGAAGUGAAAGAAGGCCAUGAAACUUACAAAGAAAUCUGGCUCAUCCGCAACGAGACGGGAAACUUCCAGCAGAUGCAUGAUGUGCAACUGAUAAGGGAACACGUGCGUAGGGACCUGGAAGAGGAGCUGAGGAUUCAGGUGGAUGAGCUGAUGAGACAGGAGCUGAAGAAUUUAAAGCUGAUAAUAGACAGGGAUGAAGGCACAGUGAAAAAAUCCAAGAAAGGCAGAAAAAAGAAGGGAAAAGGCAGAAAAAAGAAGAAGAAAAAAAGAGAAAAGGACCUGACUCCUGACAGGACUAUUGAAGGCCUCUAUCAGGAACUUGUUGAAGAAAGGAUUAUUGUACGGCCUAUGAAUAUACCACUCUCGGAUUUUAAAGGUGACUACAGUUACCUGGGCAGUGUCCUCCGGCAGGCAGCCAUUGAGCCCAUGCCUUCCCUGUCAGAUGUCAGACAGCUGAUCACACUAUAUGGGGUUCUGCCCCUGGCGUCCCAGGCUCUGCAUGAGAAGGGGCCACUUGUGAAGUCCAUCCUGUUGGCGGGACCUUCCGGGGUGGGGAAGACGAUGCUGGUGCACGCUCUCUGUACCGAAACUGGAGCAAAUCUUUUCGACUUGUCCGCCCAGAACAUCGUGGGCAAAUACCCCAGCAAGAGCGAGCUCAAAAUGCUGGUCCACAUGGUUUUCAAGGUUGCUACGCUGCUUCAGCCAUCAGUUGUGUGGAUCGGUGAUGCAGAGAAAACAUUCUACAAAAAGGUGCCAAAGAAUCAGAGGGAGUUGGAGCCCAAGCGUUUGAAGAGUAUGUUCCCUAAGUUCCUGAAAUCUAUCAAGCCCGGAGACCGCGUUCUCGUCGUGGGCACUUCACAACGACCGUUUGAUGCCAGCCUAAAGCCUUUCUGCAAGAACUACAAGAAGAUUAUCCUGAUUCCGAGGCCAGACUACGCCUCCAGAAAAUUGUUCUGGAAAAGCAUCAUUGAGCAGCAGGGAGGCAUCCUGACCAGCGCUCUGGACCUCAGCUCUCUCGCCAAGGUGACAGAUGGCUACACCCAGGGUCACAUAGUCACUGCAGCUCAGGCCGUGCUCAGCGAGCUGCGCAUCAAACACCAGCGCAAGAGACCUUUAACCGCAAUAGAGUUCAUGGCCCCUUUGUCCUGGCAAGACCCUGUGUAUAGGGAGGAGGAGGAGCUCUUUAAGGACUGGUACGCGAAGACUCCAAUGGGGAAGAUGAGAGCACAGAUGGCCAUAAGGUCAAAGGAGGAUGGAGACACCAAGGGGAAAGGGAAAGACAAAGGCACGGACAAGGGCAGGGGGAAGACCAAAAAGAAAAAGUGAUGUUCAGGUGUCCAUCAAGGCUCCGCUGCAUGCUCAUCCUCCACUGUGUUUUUCUAUUCCUUUUAUCCAGUGUUAUGCAUGGACCCUUUGUGUGAGGCUCACUCAGAGCUGUGUAGCUGCGUGUCGAUGUGUUGAGUUCAGUUACUGUGUAUGUAACCUCACCAUCCAGUAUUAAUUUCUCCUAAUGAGCUCCUUCACUCCAGGCUCCCGCAGGAAUGAUAGACUAUUACUGACUGAUGAAACCAAUACUGACUAGUGUCACCAAAGGUAUUUCUGUCCCCAUUGCAGACCAGUGCUUCCAACCCACACCAGGGCUGGUCACCAAACCACACGAGAGCUGGUGUCUAAUACUAACCAGAUCAAGAUGCUGUGUCUAAAACUGACCAGUGCUGGUGUCUAACACUGACUAGUGCCGUGUCUAACACUGACCAGUGCUGUGUCUAACACUGACUAGUGCUGUGUCUAACACUGACCAGUGCUGGUGUUUAACACUGACCAGUGCUGUAUCUAACACUGACCAGUGCUGUGUCUAACACUGACCAGGGCUGUAUCUAACACUGACCAGGGCUGUGUCUAACACUGACCAGUGCUGUGUCUAACACUGACCAGUGCUGUAUCUAAUACUGACCAGUGCUGUGUCUAACAUUGACCAACAUACCUGGAGUUCUUUCCCAGUGGUGUUUCCCAAUCACAGUUCCUGUAGUGAAGGACCUCAUUAAUCUCUCAUACCUAAUGCCUAAUAAGUGAACUGUAUAUUUUGUUGAUAUUUUAAAAAUUAAAUGGUAAAGUAAUCAAGAUAACUGUGC